GGGGGGAUCUCUCUCUCUCUCUCCUCUUUUCCGAUGAGUUCUUAUUUUGUCAACUCGACCUUCCCGGUGAGCCUGGCGGCGGGGCAGGAGCCCUUCCUGGGACAGAUCCCGCUGUAUCCCUCGGGCUACGCGGAUCCUCUGAGGCACUACCCCAGCACCUAUGGAGCCACGGGCGUGCAGGACAAGGGCUACACCUCCUCUCCUUACUACCAGCAGAGCAACGCAGCGUUCGGCGGCCGCGGCUCCGCCUGUGACUAUGGGGCCGGCGGGUUUUUCAGGGAGAAGGACCCUGCGUGCGCCCCUCCCAGCCUGGACGAGGUGCCCUCCUUCGGCCCCGAGGCGCGCAAGUCGGACUGCGCGCAGAGCAAAAGUGUGUUCGGAGAGAGCGAGGAGCAAAAGUGUUCCGCGCCGGUUUACCCCUGGAUGCAGCGGAUGAACUCUUGCAAUAGUUCUUCCUUCGGGCCCAGCGGCCGCCGGGGCCGCCAGACCUACACCCGGUACCAAACGCUGGAGCUGGAGAAGGAAUUCCACUUCAACCGGUACCUGACGAGGAGGAGGCGCAUCGAGAUCGCGCACUCGCUGUGCCUGACCGAGCGCCAGAUCAAAAUCUGGUUCCAGAACCGCCGCAUGAAGUGGAAAAAGGAGAACAAACUGCUCAGCUCCUCGCAGCUCAGCGCCGAGGAGGAGGAGGAGAAAGCGGCGGAGUGA